AUGGAUGGUCUCUUAUGGAAUAUCAAAGCAACUAUACCACAAAAACGAAAAAUAGAUACGUCUGCAGAAGAAAUCAAUACCACUCGUGUAAAAGUUGGACAUAGCAAUGAAAAAGAAAAUACCUUUGUAGAUAAUGGAUAUCAAGCCAGCAUGAUGAACAGUGAAGAUAAUGAUAUCCCUGAAGAACACAACUCGAACCUGUCGCACGAAACUGACGACACGUAUAACACAGAACUAUCAAACGCUUAUGCCGAGAUAUAUAAAGUCAAAAAGUACGUUUUGACUUAUCAUGAACUGAAUAACGAAACCCAAGCAUUCAACGAACUUGGCUACGACGUUGACAGCGACUUCAUUGAAAGAUUACGAUUAUCAUCUAUAUGUUUGAAAUAUACUUUACCUGGUGGAAGCAAAAUUCAACCAGAAGAUUUAGACAUUGAAGAAGUUAAAAAUAUAAGAGUAUAGAGGCGGAUAAUACUCUUCAUUAAACA